GCGGGAGCCGCGGCGGCCGCAGGUUCCGGAGCGGGUGGGAGCGGCGCGUUGCAGCCUCCCUCGGCCCCGGCCCGGCUCCGACCCGGCCCGGCCCAGACCCCGACCUGACCUCGGCCCGCGGGCGCCGCUGCGCUGCCUGGCCAGGCCCAGGCGCGAGGACAAAGCGGCAGCGGGCGGGCGCCGUGCGAACCAGAUUCACCUGCAGCUGCGGGCCACGCGGGCUCCAAGAUGGUUUGCGGGGGCUUCGCGUGCUCCAAGAACUGCCUGUGCGCGCUCAACCUGCUCUACACCCUGGUUAGCCUGUUGCUAAUUGGGAUUGCUGCCUGGGGCAUCGGCUUCGGGCUGAUUUCCAGUCUCCGAGUGGUCGGCGUGGCCAUCGCUGUGGGUAUUUUCCUGUUCCUGAUUGCCUUGGUGGGGCUGAUCGGUGCUGUCAAACACCAUCAGGUAUUGCUGUUUUUUUAUAUGAUUAUUCUCUUACUUGUAUUUAUUGUUCAGUUUUCUGUGUCCUGUGCUUGUUUGGCCCUGAGUCAGGAGCAACAGAGGCAGCUUCUGGAGGUUGGUUGGAACAACACCGCAAGCGCUCACAAUGACAUCCAGAGAAAUUUAGACUGCUGUGGAUUCCAAAGUUUUAACUCAAAUGACACCUGCCUGGCUAAGUGUGCUAAAGAUGGCCAUCCGUGCCCACCGUGCGCUCCAAUAAUAGGAAGAUAUGCCGGAGCGGUGUUGAGAUUUGUUGGUGGCAUUGGCCUCUUCUUCAGUUUCACAGAGAUCCUGGGUGUUUGGCUGACCUACAGGUACAGGAACCAGAAAGAUCCUCGUGCUAACCCUAGCGCAUUCCUUUGAUGAAGAAACCAGGAAAAUCUUUCCUCUCCUGACUUUGUCCAUUUUCUCUAGUUUUAAGUUAAACUAUUUUGCCCAUUUAAUCAAGGAAACAGUGUCUGAAAAAUUACAUUUACCAACGGUGUAAUUAUUUUGUUUAUUCUUACAUUUCUCUAUGUUUUUCUUUUUCCAUUGCUGAAAAAAAAAAAAAACAUGGAAACUCAUGGUCUCUUUUGACCCUCAGUGGUACCCGUAACCUGCUGUAUUCACAGUGUCCGGCACUGUCCACUGUGGCCUGCCUUAGCAUUUUUAUCUGCAGAAAUCCUUUGUAUGACACUACUCUGUUGACCAUAUUGUGAAACUGAAUCUGCAUUUCACUGGAAUAAUUGUAUGUAGCACUGUGCUGUGUAGAUAAUUCCCACUGGAAAGAGUUGAUAUUACUAAGGACAGAAUAUCGGCGCAUCUAUAGUGUUAAAUUCAGUAAGGGAAAUCUAAAUUCCCCAUAUUUUUUGUCUUUUAGGAAAGAUGUGUUGUGGUGAAAAGUGUUAAAAGUGAUAACUUAGAUCUAGUACUCUUUCAUGAUUACACCCUUGUAUUGUAGAAAAAGCUGUGUGUUUAGGAAAUUGUGGUUUUGUUCUUGACUUUCACCGGUAAGUGCAAAGAAGAGGAUCUCGUGAAAUGUUCCAAAGUAUAAACAUUUAUCUUCAGCCUUCAAAAUGGAAUGACUUUCAGAAGGUAUAUCUACAUAAUUUCGAUAGUCUUUUUUAAUAAUUUGAGCUCCAAAAGACUGCAUUUAUAAAUAAUUUUACUAUUACCGCAUUGGCCCAUGUAGCAGAAAGAUAUUUGAUUAUCUUAAAAAUUGUUAAAUAACUUUUUCAUGAAAUUUCUCAGCAUUGUAACAACAGCUUGUCAAAUUCAAGCAUAUUUGAAUGUGAUAACCCCCAUAAUUUGAAAUGGAAGUAGUACUGUGGUUCUGUAUAUUUAAAGUUAAAAAAUUAAAAGAUGGAAAUCUUUCUUUGUGCAUCCAUAUUUGCAUUAAAAGAAGAUAAUGAAAGUUGA